AUGGGAGAUUCACAAGCAAAAUAUAAUAUAUGGACUGCGGAGGAGAGCAAUGAAUUAUUAAGACUUAUGGUUGAUGCUGCAAUGCGAGGAUGGCGUGAUAGGAAUGGUGUGUUGAACAAAAGAACAGUGGAAAUAAAAAUACUUCCCACUCUUAAUCCAAAACUUGGGUGUGAAAAGACUUUUGCACAGUAUCAAAGUCGUUUGAAGUGGUUCAAACAACGAUAUAACAACUACUGUAAGCUUAUGCGUCAUAGUUCUGGGUUUGGAUGGAAUUCUAUGACAAAGAAAUUCACAGCUAGUGAUGAAUCUCACCCUAAACAUGAACAUUAUCGGACUGAUAAUUUUGAGGAUUAUGAAGACUUAAGACUUGUAGUUGGGAAUGGAACUGCUACAGGAAAAUACGCAAUUGGACUUGGAGAUGACACUGAUGCGAGAACCUUUGAAACAGAAGAAAAUGGGGGUACUAACUUAUUAGAUGAUUACGUGUUUAAUCACAACAGUGGUGAAUUCAUACAAAGCAAUAGGCAAGAAUCUUCAUAUCAUCCUCUAUUUUUUGAGGACCUUGCUUUACCAUUACCACCUCAACCUAUGAGUUCUGAGGUUCCACAAGCAACUAGAAAAUGA